AGACGCUGCAAUGCCAGAAUGAAUACAUUCUUAGACUACUCAGUGAUGAGCGGUGGCGACGGGGGUGGCGGGGGUUCGUGUUCUGUCAGUGCAUUCCAUGCAGAUCACGGAACGUUCCAGUCGUGUUCCGUCACGGCAAAUAACUGCAACGGGAGCGAGCGGUUCUUGACGAGCAGAGCGUCACCGGACUCUGUUUCAAAUCAUUCACAUAAAGCCGGUACACUGUCAAUCGCCUAUGGUGGCCAUCCACAUUACGGGGCUCAAACUUUUUGCACCAGUUAUAAUCACUACACCGUCAACCAGGAUUCUGACUCCACUGCAGGUUUAAGUCAGUGCGGGCCGCUGGUUUACUCUGGAAAUACUGUCGAAUCCCAUCAUCGUCAUCAUCAUUUUCGACACGGUUACUCAGGCAGUAGCGUUCGCUUACCUGGGCAACUCCAGUUUGCAGCUGCUGCGUAUGGUCACGGUCAGGAUCAGGCAAAUUUGACGUUGUUGGCAAGUUGUUCAAACCCUCUCUCUUCUCUGCACGCGUCACAUCACAACCCGUGCUGUUCAUCUCUAUCUGAUGGCGUGUCAACGACGCAGACGUUUGACUGGAUGAAAGUUAAGCGGAAUCCACCAAAAACAGGGAAAGUAGGAGAGUAUGGCUAUGUCGGCCAGCCCAACACUGUGCGAACCAAUUUUACCACCAAACAGCUUACAGAGCUCGAGAAGGAGUUUCACUUCAACAAGUAUUUGACGCGCGCAAGGCGUGUAGAGAUAGCUGCUGCUCUUCAGCUGAAUGAGACUCAAGUGAAGAUUUGGUUUCAGAAUCGUCGCAUGAAACAGAAGAAGCGCGAAAAAGAGGGACUGCUGCCCAAAACUGAGCUGACAGGAGGGGACGGUCCAGAAAAGGCAGAAGUUUCAUCCGAGCUUUCUUUCUCUGCACCGUCAACGCCAUCUCCCGGCUCAUCUGCAACUGAUCCUUACUCCUCGGCCUAAUGGCCUAUUGUCGUCUUAUUAUAAGUGGAUUUCAGCACCACAGAUCCACAAUUGGUGGAUGAAUAGAACUAGAGCUGCCCACCAGGCACAUUGUCUCUAAAAAAUAAUGCACUAUUUGUGAGACUUUACAGUGUGUUAUGCUCUAUUGUAAGAUAGUAGGCAAUCAAGGUAAAGGUAAUUAAGAGGCUAGUGCAUUUUGGGACGCAAUAAUUACAGUUGCCGCGUUAAUGCAAAUAUAUUAACUGGGAAUAGGUUACAGCACGCCUACCUCGUGUAGUCUAGAAAACAAUGAACUAUAUAAACGUGUAUUUAAGCUAAAGAUAGAAAGACAGUGGUGCUGGUUGGCUCAAUAGAAGCCUGCAUUAUACUACCUCGUCACAUCAGCUCACUCUGUUUACUCGGCUGUUUGCGCUGUCAUGAUUUUGCUGGUUAGUAAAAGCGAUGCAUGACACUUAUGUACAGGAACACGGAAAAGUGUUUUUCCCUGGGGUGUUGUAAUUUUAAGCACCAUACAGGUUGGUUAUGACGUCAUGUGCAGUUAAAUAAGCGAAUCAAAAUGUGUUGAUUCGUGCACAACUCUGACAAUAGUUUCAGCCGUAACAUAAAUGAUAUAUUUACAAUAAUGCGAGCGUUGUAAUGCGUUAUCGUUCACGUAUCUACUCAUUUUUAUAAUUUUGCCUAAUUGUGAGCAAAUUAAAACGUGCUCUUUAACAAAGAAAUGUUUAUAAUUGUUUGUAUGGUGAUGUUGUCUGUCAGGUUUUUUUUUUUUUUUUUUAAAGUCUCAGUUUGUUUUUCACUCUGUCCAGUAUUCUUUCUCUUAAAAUUAAUGAAACAAAAACAUCUUCUCGAUGUAAUGAGAAGUCGGAAAGCGCAAGCUCGUGUUUCUCCGUCAAAUAUGUAGUUUAUUAAUACAUUUUAAAUGAAAC